CGGUUACGAAAUUUGUUUGUGCUGAACGUCGGUAAGUACUUACAAAUUACAAUAUUAACUGCUAUACAUAUAGUUAUUAAUGUUAAAAAUAUCUUCGUUACAAUUAGGUAAUUACUUAAAUUACUCAUUCAUUACCGUUUGAUAUAGGUACCUAUUAUUACCAAUACCUAUCCCAUAUUCAUGGAUCCCUCAUCAGAAAAAAGAAAAUUAUUCAAUAAGUUCAGUCAACGUUUUAAGCGCUUAAAGCAAAGUAAUGAAAGUUCUCAAGUAAAAACUCCCGAAAAUCCCGCUCAGAGUAACCCGGAUGAUUUUCAAGCAGUUGACAAGCUCGUAAUUUCAUCUGCUCUGUCGUCUCAUUACACUGUUGAGGAGGAAUCAUCUCGUGAGACAGAUACGGAAUCGGAUAACAGUGAAUCCCAUGACAGCCAAAAUAUAAUUCAGGGAGACCAAUAUGAUAAUGUCACAGGCCAACCAUCUCUUUAUUUAAAUAAAAGUAUUGAAGAGUCCGAGCAGUGUCGGUCUUUACCUUUAAAUAUUUCCUUGUCAAAUUGGGCAUUAAAACAUAAUAUCAAUCAUACAGCCUUAUCUGAUCUAUUAAUUAUAUUAAAACAAGAACACCCAACGUUACCAAAAGAUGCAAGGACCUUUUUAAAAACUCCUCGACAUGCUGGUUCACAAAUUAGGUGUGUAGCUCCAGGUUCAUAUUACCAUUUUGGUUUAGCGCAGUGUUUACAAAAUAUACUCGCACAGUUGUUAAAAGAAAAUCGGUUUAUACCCAGUGUUUUAGAAAUUUGUGUAAACAUAGAUGGCUUGCCUAUUUCUCAAAGUUCCAGUAAUCAAGUUUGGCCUAUAAUGAUCAAUUUAUUCAAAUAUACAAAUAUUGUCGAGAUUUGUGGAAUUUAUCAGGGAAAUGAAAAGCCACACAGUUCUAAUGAUUUUAUGUUAGAUUUUGUUAUGGAGGCAAUUGAAUUAAUAAAUAAUGGUUUUUUCUACAAUACAAUUUGUUAUAAUGUAAAAAUAAUUGCAUUUAUAUGUGAUGUGCCUGCGAAAUCAUUCUUAAAAUGUAUAAAGGGGCAUAGUGGAUAUAUGUCGUGUACUAAAUGUAACAUCGAAGGAUCUUAUAUUGAAAAUCGAACAUGCUUUCCAAGCUUAGAGGGGUGGAAUUUAAGAACAGAUUCAGGUUUUCGAAUGAAAGAACAAAGCAGUCAUCAUAUUGAAACGACUAUUUUAGAAUCUAUUCCCUGUGUCGAUAUGAUUAAGUCGUUCCCCAUUGACUACAUGCAUUUGGUGUGCUUAGGUGUUACAAAAAAACUUCUAAAUAACUUAUGGCUCUGUGGUAAACCACCUCAUCGUUUUUCAUCACAACAAAUUAAAAAUUUGUCAGAUCAUUAUCUCACAUUUAAAAACCAAAUACCUUAUGAGUUUAUGAGAAAGCCAAGGUCAUUUCUGGAAGUCAAAAGGUGGAAGGCUACAGAAUUUCGUUUAUUUCUGUUUUACCUGGGUCCUAUAAUAUUAAGAAAAAGAGUCUCAGAUGAAAUAUAUGAAAACUUUUUGACCCUCCAUGUAUCAAUGACAUUACUGUCAAAGUGUGAUAAUUUACUGUAUGCUAAGCAGUUACUUAGACAUUUUGUACUAACUUACACAAUGCUUUAUGGAGAAGCAAAUGUUUCCCAUAAUAUACAUAACUUGCUUCAUCUUACUGAUGAUGUUGAAAUAUUUGGCAGUGUUGAAAACUUUAGUACAUUUCCAUUUGAAAAUAAGAUGAUGUAUAUAAAAAAACUAAUUCGUAAAGGUGAUAAAACCGCUGCAGCAAAUCGUUAAUAGAAUAUCCGAAAAAACACACAAAUUCUAUUUAAUGAUAGCAAAACAAUUACGUAUCCAAAGUUCCAAAUUGAACAUUCGAAAGGUCCACUAAUGGAAAAUAUAUCUGGCGAUAGAUGGCAACAAUUUGAAAAAAUUGUGUUUGAAAAGUUCUUAUUAUCAAUACAAGAUGCUGAUAAUUGCUGUGCACUUAUUGACAAAAGUGUGGUCAUUAUUAGAAACAUUAUAUUCCUAUGGCGUCUCCAAAUAAUACAUGGACUGUGGUGUGUUUCACCAAUGAUGAAACGGUGGAGGCAGUUCCGACAAAAUGGUUAAGUGGAGAUCAGUGCUUAUGGCCAGUGGUAACUAGAGACAAAUUAAAUACCUACAUAAGAAAAUGUGAAUUUAAUUCAUGUUGGCCAUCACACACUGUGAGAACAUUUCGGAAUGCAACAUAUGAUAAUUACUCUGUUGCGAGGAGCAAAGCUAAUAAAGCUGAAAAUACAAGUGACCUGAACACAGAUUGUGAUGAUGGUCCUUUAUCAGGAAAAAGGAAAAGAAAGACAAAAGUGAUCUCUUCAUCUUCAGACGACUCAUCAGACACUGAAUCUAUGAAUGAGAUGCGGGCCAAUAAAGGUAAAAUGCCUUCUCCACCAGCAUGGACUGAUGAUGAACAUCGGACUCACAAAGAUUCACAUCAGUUAGCUGAACCAGAAGCAUGCAUAGAUGAACUUGAGGAACAGGUGGUUGUGGUACCACCUGUUAUUGAAUCAUUACCUUCAACCUCGAUUGCCCCUAGCCAACAAGAAAAUGAAAUUAACAAUAUCACACCACGAAAGCCUAUAGACUCCAUUAAGGAAAAUAUAAGAAGGGCAGACCGAACAAAAUGUUGUUGCAAUCCAGCUUUACUAUACAACAUUCAGGCAUUACUUAUCGAAAUCAAUAACAAGCUGAACAGUGUACCUAGGAAAGCUGAGGAAAAUGAAGAAAAUAUCAUUCGGAAAUCCGGAAUUAGUUUUCCUAUGGAAACUAUUCAGGAAUUCGACAAAUUUGAGAAAUUCUUUUCGGCAAGAGAAAAUUAUUUAGCUUUGGUUGGAUUUUUCUCAUCUAUUGGAGGAGCUAAUUUAUAUGAAUUUGUACGUAGAUGCCUUGCUCCUCUACUAUGGGAUGGAUUAUCGGAACAGUUUUCCUUCUUUGGAAAAAAAGGAAAUCUUUCCUUUGGGGAUAAAAAUUUGGCAAAAAUAAAGCCGCUGAAAAAGGUGGACAUGCAAAAAAUAAAAAGGAAGUUGAGCAGAAACUGGGGGAUUGGCUGCGAAGAUCUAAGGAACGACGCAUUCGGGCAGAACAUAAACGUGCAACAAAAAAAUAAGAAUUUAGGUAUGGAGAAGCGUGUUUUUUGUUUAGGUGCUAUUGGAAACUUGAGUAUCCCAAACACCAUUAUAGAAUAUUAAGGCAGAGGGCAAUUUGUUGUUUAAGAGAAUAUUUUGUUUUUUACAUGUUUUCUGUAAAUACUU